AUGCCGAACAAAAAGUCAACAUCUUCCAAAAAGGGAACAGCAGCAAAUGACGAUGCUCCAGGUACCUGUCAGUCUACCUCCGGACGGAAAGAAACCAGAGAGCCCCGUAUAAGGAGCCGAAGCAGCAGCCCAGUUCGAAGAACGAAGACGGAGUCAACUACAACGUUGACAGGCGUUGACCCGGUAUCAGAGAUCGCGGAUAAACCUCAGAACCUAGAAGAAGAAGAAGAAGAAGAAGAAGAAGAAGAAGAAGAAGAAGAAGAAGAAGAAGAAGAAGAAGAAGAAGAAGAAGAAGAAGAAGAAGAAGAAGAAGAAGAAGAAGAAGAAGAAGCAAUGACCCUGCCGGAAAAAGGGCCAAACCCGCAGGUCAAUGUUGAGGAUGUCAAGAACGAAUGCGGGGAAAAGAGCUUCAAUUGGCACAAUGUACACAAACCUCUAGCCAUUGACUACCAGCAUGCGUAUCCGAAAGAGUGGCCAACAGAGAUUCAGCGACCCUUUGGAUUGGCUCUUGACUGGGCACGUAAGCAUGCCGAACGCAAGCAUACCAAACUUUCUGUGGAGCAGAAAAGAGACCUCAUCUCUAGCCUUUAUGGCUACUGCAUUCAGAAUGACUUCGAUACUAUUGUAUCUAGACUUCCCCGAGAAUCGCAAAAUGAUUGUCUAACACACUUAGUUCAUCUUUUGCUUGUCAAAGAAUGCAUUUCCAGGUUCUUCACGAAUCCCUUCUGGUACCUUGUUCCGAACCCUAGGCCUGUGAAUGAUGGGGAUGAUAAAGGGAAUUUGGCAGCAAACGCAUCCGAUUUUGGAGCACAGAUAUUGGAGCUUUUUGAGAAAAUGCGUGAAUCUGAACCAGCGGCCGCCCAGCUUUGGCGCUUAUGGACUACUCGUUUCUCCCACCCAGAUCAUAAGCUCGGAUAUGACAUGAUCGCUCAUCGAGACUCCGUGGCUGACAAAAUAUGCGAGGAAGUCUUGGGCCAAGAGCUAGUGAAAUCGCUCCUCAGAAGUACGGUCAAAUGUGAUCUGGAUAGAGCCUUCCUUGACAUGCAGAAGGUCUUCAGGUCAGCCGCUGAACUUUCGGUGAAAAUUUCAUGCAACCUUGAGCGUCUGGAGUUUAAGACUCUCAAUACUUUGGGCCAUGCCUUUCAUCAUCCUUCGGCGGAGAUAGAAUUGGCCGAGGAUUAUGGAGGGGCUGAGAAGGAACAUUGUUUUGAUGACCGCCAAAUUCUCUUCUUGGAGUUUCCCGCCAUGUAUUGUUGCGGAGAUCUUAAGGAUCCCUUUUAUAAGGGUAUCCUUCAUAAAGCGGUUGUCUAUGUUGAGGAUGUAGAUUAG